UGCCUGGCAAGAACGUCUCUCUGCCUGGCCUCCCGUUCUGCGAGAACCGGAAGCGGCGUCCUACAGCCCGUGCACGCUUCUCUCUUUGGUGCCUCUGGAGUAAGUGCCAGAAAGCGGCCGGCCAAUCAGAGUGGGAAAUCCGUUGAAGCCCUCGCGAGAUUUUCUCGUACUCUUGCGCCUUUCGGAGCCGAGCUCGUCCGCUAUCUGUUCAGAGAAGUCUAGAACCGGGGAGCAGCCAUGUCUCGGCGGAGGCACAGCGAUGAGAGUGAUGGAGGACAACCUCACAAAAGGAGAAGAACAUCUGAACCACUUGAAAUAGAAGGGCGCUUGGAGUCAUUGAUAUGUAGAGUUGGAGAGAAGAGCUCAUCAUCGCUGGAAAGUAACUUGGAGGGCCUUGCUGGUGUCUUGGAAGCUGAUUUACCAAACUAUAAAAGUAUUAUCUUAAGAAUCCUCUGUUCAGUUUCUCGUUGUUUGCCAGAGAAAAUGACUGUUUACACUACGUUGGUGGGAUUGCUGAAUGCUAGAAACUACAACUUCGGUGGGGAAUUUGUAGAAGCCAUGAUUCGUCAGCUCAAAGAAACAAUAAAAUCCAAUUUGUAUACCGAAGCUUCUUACGUUGUACGCUUCUUGUCUGAUCUUGUGAAUUGCCAUGUUAUUGCAGCACCUUCUAUGGUUGCAAUGUUUGAGAACUUUGUUGGGGUCACUCAGGAAGAAGAUAUACCUCAGGUUCGAUCUGACUGGUAUGUGUUUGCUGUCCUCUCCUCCUUACCCUGGGUUGGAAAAGAACUUUAUGAGAAGAAGGAUGUUGAGAUGGACCGUAUUUUCUCACAAAUUGAAAGUUACCUCAAACAACGUCAAAAAAUUCAUGUGUCUAUGUUACAAAUAUGGUCUGCGGAUAAACCUCACCCACAGGAAGAGUACUUGGAUUGCCUGUGGGCACAGAUUCAAAAGCUGAAGAAAGAUCGCUGGCAAGAGAGGCACAUCCUACGUCCAUACCUAGCUUUUGACAGCAUACUGUGUGAAGCCCUGCAACAUAACCUCCCACCGUUCACACCCCCACCUCACACAGAGGAUUCGAUCUAUCCAAUGCCAAGUGUUAUUUUCAGGAUGUUUGAUUACACAGAUGCGCCAGAGGGUCCAGUGAUGCCUGGAACUCAUUCUGUUGAGAGAUUUGUUAUAGAAGAAAACCUGCACUGUAUUAUUAAGUCACACUGGAAAGAGAGGAAAAACUGUGCUGCACAGCUGCUUAGUUACCCUGGAAAAAAUAAGAUUCCGUUAAACUAUCAUAUUGUUGAGGUCAUCUUUGGAGAAUUGUUUCAGCUUCCCAUGCCUCCACAUAUUGACGUUUCGUAUACAACACUGUUAAUUGAACUUUGCAAACUGCAGCCUGGAUCUUUGCCGCAAGUGCUUGCCCAAGCCACAGAGAUGCUUUACACUCGAUUAGAUACGAUGAAUGCAACUUGUGUGGACAGGUUCAUAAAUUGGUUUUCGCACCAUCUAAGUAACUUUCAGUUCAGAUGGAAUUGGGAAGAUUGGUCUGACUGUCUUGCUCAAGAUCUAGAUAGACCUAAACCACAGUUUGUUCGUGAAGUUUUAGAGAAGUGCAUGAGGCUUUCUUACUAUCAGCGUAUAUUGGAUAUCGUACCAUCGGCUUUUACUGCCUUGUACCCAGCAGAGCCCAAGUGCGUCUACAAAUAUGGGGAUGAGAGUAGCAGUAAUCUACCUGGAUAUGCGGUUGCUGUGACUUUGACAAAUUCUAUCAAAAAUAAGGCUGUGAAUGAUGAUAUUUUUAAUAUUCUAAAAGAUUUACCAAAUCCAAAUCAAGAUGACGAUGAUGAUGAAGGAAUCAGCUAUAAUCCACUAAAAAUAGAAGUUUUUUUGCAGUGCCUGCUCAACCUGGCUUGUAAAUCUUUCAGUCAUUCAUUUAGUGCACUUGCAAAAUUUCAUGAAGUAUUGAAAGCACUGACUGACAGUGAGGAAGGGAAGCUUCAUGUUCUGAGGAUUGUUUAUGAUGUCUGGAAAAACCAUCCCCAGAUGACUGCAGUUCUUGUAGAUAAGCUUAUACGGACCCAGAUUGUUGACUGUGCUGCUGUGGCCAAUUGGAUUUUUUCACCUGAGUUGGCCCCUGAGUUUACAAGAUUGUACAUUUGGGAAACUCUACAUUCUACAAUUAGGAAAAUGAACAAACAUGUUCAGAGAAUACAGAAGGAGUUAGAAGAUGCAAAGCAAAGACUGGCCAAGCAACACAAACGUAGAGACAAUGACGACGAUAGUGGAAGGGAGGAUGGACCUCUGGAGGAACAAAUAGAGCGCCUGCAAGAAAAAGUGGAGUCUGCUCAAAGUGAACAGAAGAAUCUUUUCCUUGUCAUUUUCCAGCGCUUUAUCAUGAUUCUGACUGAACACUUAGUACGUUGUGAAACUGGAGGCAUUGAUGUGAUCACUCCAUGGUACAAGAACUGUAUAGAAAGGCUUCAGCAAAUCUUUCUACAGCAUCAUCAGAUUAUCCAGCAGUACAUGGUCACACUGGAAAACUUGUUGUUCACAGGUGAAUUGGACCAUCACAUCCUGACAGUCUUCCAGCAGUUCUGUGCACUACAGGCUUAAUACAAACACUGGCAAUUUAACUGCACCUUAAAGAGCUGGAGGCCAAUUGGAAAUAUGGUGUUUUUCGGGGAGAAAAAAAAAAACCUAUCAAUGACACAUUUUACAUGUAGUUAUAGUAGAUUAAAGGAAGACUUUUUUUGCUAGUAUUUAAAACUAUCUGGCUUCAGUUCAGGAAUACAAAAUUUGGGUUUCUAGCAAAAUACUUUUUUCUUUUGGAUUUUCCAUGAAGCUUUAGCAUUCAUGUGGUAUGAAUUUCCCCAUUAUCUUUGUAGUCCUAUUAUAGAAUAUUUUAAUGUAUUGUUAUGCCUUCUUGUUGCAAUGUGAAGAUAGGAAUCAAAUUUUGUAAAGGGGCUGUACAACUUAUAUUUUUUUUUUUAUCUACACAAAUAUUUGGAGUUGUGAAACUUCAUUUGCUUGCUUUUUUGUUCCCCAUAAAAUGUCUUAUUUUUGACAAAUGUUUCAAUUUGAAUACAAAAAAAGUUUUUAAAAAUG